UGACUUAGCAAUUUCUUACAGUUGGUUCAGAGUUCAAACAAAAUGGCGUCUUUGUUGAGGUGGUCUUCUAAGUGGACUCUUUCUUCACUCACUCUCCGAGGUGUAGCCAGAUGGAGGCCAUUGUCAGCUGACACAACAAGCAGCGUGGUGAAUACCAACACAAACCAAGAGAUGGUCGAGCAAGUCUCUCCUGAUGAGUUGGUGUGUGUGAGUGAACUGAGUGGUGUGCCUGAGGAGCAGCUGGCUAGUCGAGUGGCGAGGAUCUUUGUCCCAUCACGUCAUGCCAUGCAAUCAGGUUCAGCCAACACUAACUGUUGGAAGAUAGAGUUUGAGACCCAGGAGAGAUGGGAGAACCCGCUCAUGGGUUGGGCCUCGAGUGCUGAUCCUCUGUCCAGUCUGUCCAUGGAGUUUGAUUCCAAGGAGGAGGCCAUUGCUUAUGCCGUCAGGAAUGGCUGGGGUUAUGAAGUUCAAGAACCAAAGAUUGGAACUAUAAAACCCAAAUCAUAUGCAGCAAACUUUUCAUGGGACAAGAAAACUAGAGUUGUUACCAAAUAGUUAUAGUUAUUGUAUUACCUAUUACCAUCAUUGUGUGUUAGUUUUGAAGCAGUACGUACAAACUAUGUCGUUGAGUUAA